ACACACUUUGAGUUACUCCAAAAGGGUGGCCUCUACAGCAAACUUGCAAAGGCUCAAGAAGUUGGUAUUGAUGUUAAUGAGAAAGGACCAGCUGCCAAAGUUGUUACUGUGGAACCUACUCGCGUCGAUUCUCUUACGCGACACGAAUUAAGAACAAGCGCUCUGUCAAGACGAUCGCACACAUCACUGGCUGCACAACAAAUAGAAGCUACAAAAGAGAUACUGAAUAAUGAGAAAAGUCGAGGCGGAGGAAUAUUACGAGUAUAUGUAUCAAGCGUUAAACGUCCUGUAUUCUGGAUUUGCCUGGUGACAGGAAUCUUGAGAGGCUUUGAAAUGCCGCUUGCCUCAUUCUUUACUGGCUUCACAUAUCGCGCAUUGGAUCAAACCAAGGAAACUUAUGUUCCAAUUAUGUGGGUAGCUGUUGCAGUACUUAUCGCUCUCGGAUUUUACUCGUGGAUAUUCAUGGGCAGCUCUAUAGCUUUUGGAGGUUGGACCGGAGAAGUAGUCACAACGGAUAUGUGCGUUGCUGUAAUGAGGAGCCUUCUGAGUCAGGAUGCAGAUUUUUUUGAUAAACCGGAUAGAAGCAAUGCUGCAUGUGUAGCUGAAUUAGCCUCUAAGGCUCAAGAUAUACAAGCUUGCCUUGAUUAUCGCUUCAUGCUAAUGCUAAACAAUCUCGUUGCCCUUGUUGCCUGUGUUGCACUUACAUUCGUGGCUUGUUGGCCAAGUGGCAUAGCAAACUUUAUAAUGAUUAUACUGGUCAUAAUCGGUUUAUGGGUGGCUGCAAGUAUAGUUUCAAAAAAUAUAGCAAGGAAAUCGGAGAUGGACAAGACGACCGAGCUUUCAAUUGAAGUGUUUGAACAUGCACAAACAAUUCAGUUACUAACGGCAGAGGAUUACUUUGUGAAAAAAUUCGAAAAUGCCCAAAACGCUGUGAAGAAACAGGAAAAAAGGACUGCCAUUUACAAAGCAGUGCAGUUUGCUCUUACACAGAGUUAUAUCUACUUUUCGGCAGUGACUACAUAUGGAUUCGGUGCACUAAUGAUAUAUUUGGGACACAUCGAAGCAGUAGAUGCCGUAGUGGCUGCAACGAGUGCAACGAUGGCAGGAUGGGCUGUAAUAAUGGCGUCCGAAGCAUUCGGAGAUUUCGCCCGAUCUCAUGUAGCCGCUCAGGCAUUGUAUGCACUAGGCGAUUGUUUCAAGAAGGACGAAAGAGGCGAAGAACCCGUUCGUUAUUCAACAAAUUAA